CGAAGACGCACAGUCCCAAGACACAGUGCCACAGCCACCCCAGCCAGGCCGCUUCUCCACUGCCAGUGCCCAGUUGUAAGGCCUCCGCCAGGACCCGUGAGGAGGCAGUGUUCCUGUUUCCCUUGGUCUGAGGCCCCAUCACCAUGAACACCUCCGAGUUCCGCAGGAGGGGAAAGGAGAUGGUAGACUACAUGGCCAACUACCUAGAGGGCGUUGAGAGCCGCCUGGUCUACCCCGAUGUGGAGCCAGGCUACCUUCGGCCCCUGAUCCCCAGCAGUGCGCCUGAGGAGCCAGAGACCUUCGAGGACAUCAUUGGGGACAUUGAGAGGAUAAUCAUGCCUGGGGUGACGCACUGGCAGAGCCCCUACUUCUUCGCUUACUUCCCCACGGCCAGCUCAUACCCGGCCAUGCUGGCGGACAUGCUGUGUGGGGCUAUCGGCUGCAUCGGCUUCUCCUGGGCGGCCAGCCCGGCGUGCACAGAGCUGGAGACGGUGAUGCUCGACUGGCUGGGGAAGAUGCUGCGGCUGCCUGACACCUUCCUGGCCGGGGACGCCAGCGCUGGUGGAGGUGUGAUCCAGGGGAGUGCCAGUGAGGCCACCCUGGUGGCCCUGCUGGCUGCCCGGACCAAAGUGACCCAACGGCUGCAGGCCGCCUUCCCGGAGCUGACGCAGGCUGCCAUCAUGGAAAAGCUGGUGGCCUACUCCUCUGACCAGGCACACUCCUCCGUGGAAAGGGCCGGGCUUAUCGGUGGUGUGAAGUUGAAGCCUAUCCCUUCCGACGACCACUUCUCCAUGCGUGGCUCCGCCCUGCGGGAGGCCCUGGAGCGAGACAAGGCAGCCGGCCUGAUUCCCUUCUUUGUGGUGGCCACGCUGGGGACCACAAACUGCUGCUCUUACGACAAGCUUCUGGAAGUGGGUCCUAUCUGCAACGAGGAAAACAUGUGGCUGCACAUCGAUGCGGCGUAUGCGGGCAGCGCCUUCAUCUGCCCUGAGUUCCGGCACCUUCUGGAUGGAGUGGAGUUUGCAGAUUCGUUUAACUUUAAUCCACACAAAUGGCUUCUGGUGAAUUUUGACUGCUCGGCCAUGUGGGUGAAAAAGAGGACAGACCUCAUCGGAGCCUUCAAGCUGGACCCGGUUUACCUGAAGCACAGCCACCAGGACUCGGGUCUUAUCACUGACUACAGGCACUGGCAGAUCCCCCUGGGCCGGAGAUUCCGCUCUUUGAAACUGUGGUUUGUCUUCAGAAUGUAUGGAGUCAAGGGCCUGCAGGCCCACAUCCGCAAGCAUGUGCAGCUGGCCCACGAGUUCGAGGCCUUGGUGCUCCAGGACCGCCGCUUUGAGAUCUGCGUGGAGGUCACUCUGGGGCUGGUCUGCUUCCGGCUCAAGGGCUCCAACCAGCUGAAUGAAAUGCUUCUGAAGAGAAUAAACAGUGCCAGGAAGAUCCACCUGGUCCCAUGCUACCUCCGGGACAAGUUUGUGCUGCGCUUCGCCAUCUGCUCCCGCGAGGUGGCCUCUGCCCACGUGCAGCGGGCCUGGCAGCACAUCCAAGAGCUGGCAGGCGAGGUGCUGAGGCUGGAAAGCCACACCUAGAGGAACUGAAAGCUGAGUGAAAGUUUAUCCGCAAACCAAAAUGAGAAGAAAGUAAACCCCGCCCCUGCUCCACGGAGCUCCGCUGUUCGUGGCCUUGUGUCUGUCCCCAGAGUUAACCAGGCUUGUGAUCGUCUUCCUCUGUGUCUGAUCAAUGAAAAAUAACUACUGUAUGUGAAGUUCAUCCAAGUGGCUGGAACUUACCUCACUAUCUGGCUGUGAUACUUGCUGAUUACAAAUCAUAUCCUAUCUCCUGCUGAAGAAGACAGUGAGGUGUUCACGCUCACGAAGCCAUUAGUGGUAGCAGAAAAGGCUCAGUGAAGUGUUUGCUAGGGCUGUCUGUGAUCAUAACUUGAGGCUCUACCUGUGGUCUUCAAAUCAUCCUGUCACAUGACUAAAUGCUUAAUAAACAGCUGAAGUGAUCUGCUAA